AUGGAACGAUUGAAAAUAUCAGAUAUGAAUAGUUUGGAAGGUUUAAAAAAGCAAAUAUGUUCAAAUUGUGGUCGGAAACGAAUGUAUUUUUGUUACAACUGUAAAAUUUAUAUGCCUAAUGUGGAGAAAUUAGUUCCUCGACUAGAGCUACCAGUUCAUAUUGAUAUUAUCAAACAUCCACAGGAAAAGAAUAGUAAAAGUACUGCAUUGCAUUGCCUUCUUCUUGCUCCAUCUUCUACUACAUUAUAUGAAUCAUCCAAUGUUCCUGAUUAUAACUCUCCGAAUUACAAACAGGAAAAUACGGUAUUGGUAGUUUAUUCCGAAAAUGCUUCUUCUGUAGAUGAUUUUAUUAAGAAACGAGGUGCUAUCAAACGUUUUGUGUUCCUCGACUCAACAUGGUUUCAGAUUGGAGGACUAAAGUUAUUACCACAGUUACAGCAUCUUCCCGUUGUGACAUUACGAUCUUACAAAACGAAAUAUUGGCGACCCCAGCGAGGUUUAUCAGAUUAUCAUCUUGCAACGAUUGAAGCAAUAUAUUAUGCACUUAGAGAAGCCUUUGAAAUUUCAUUUGCUACAAAAUAUGAUGGUUGUUUUGAUAAUCUUUUAUUCUGGUUUUUCAUUUUCCGUUCAAAAGUUGAUAAAAACCUUUUGAAAAGCGAAAGACGAAAUACUUCGUAA